CAUUGCCAUUGCCAUCCUAUCUUCAAAGCACUUCACCUUCAUCGAUCCAUCUCUCAGCUCUCACUCUUUGCUUCCAUGGCGUUCCCUAAGUUGAUCACAGCUCUUCUCCUUGUAUUGGCUUUUGCCAGAUUUGAGCCUUCAACCUGCCAAGUUGUCAAGGCCAAGGUCUCUUGCCUCGACUGCAAACACAAUGAUGCCUUCUCUGGCAUUAAGGUUGGAGUGAAGUGUGAUGGGGUGAAAAAGUUGGCUGUGGCAGACACAGAAUAUGAUGGGUCCUUUGAAGUGGAGCUUCCAUCAAAAACAUCUCCACUGAAUUGCCAUGCGAAGCUUCUUGGGGGUCCAAUCCAGCUCUAUGCCUCAGGGAAAAAUGUGAUAACAAAAAUUAUAAAGAGUAAUAGUGAUGAUGAGGAGACCAACUCCUACACCAUCUCCACUCCCCUAAGCUAUUCAACAUCUUGCCCGACAGCAGAUCAUGCGAAAUGCAGGGCCGUGAACAAGUUUGGUUCUUCCAAGACUGUCGACCUGCCUCUACCAAGGGAGUGGGGCUUAGCACCAUCAAGCUAUUAUGUUCCUUUUGUUCCCAUCAUCGGCAUACCUUGAUUAUCUAUCUCCACUCUCUUGGUAGCAAUAUAUAUAUAUAUAUAUAUAUACUCUGUUAGGAGAAAGGCUAUAUAUACAAUAACCUAUAGUGCAUCUUAUAUCUUUCUUCUUCUUCUUCUUCUUCUGUUUCUCGUUCUUUUUCCUUUUAAUUUAAGAAGUUGGUUUGUGCUAAUGUAAGUUAUUUUCAGUCCUUGUAAGAAGUUGGCUUGUGAUAAUGUAACGUAUUAUAUGCUAUAUUUCUCUC